GGGACCGGCUCACCCCAGCCCUGCUUCCCCACCACCCCCAUCAGGCAGCACCUGCAAAGGCUUCGGCAGCUCAGGAGGAAAACCAAGGCUGACUGCAGGUCAGUGCCAUCAGCCCCAGGACCAUGAACAACAGUACCUGCGGCUCCAGGGAGCUCCCCGGGCCCCAGGCGGCCAAGUACCUCUUCCUCACCUACAUGGGCGGGCUCCUGGUGUUGGGUCUGUUGCUCAACGGCCUGGCGCUCCGGGUGCUGUGCUGCCGCCUGCUGCGCUGGACGGAGACCCGCGUCUACAUGGCCAACCUGGCCGUGUCUGACCUGUGCCUGCUGUGCGCCCUGCCCUUCUUUCUGCACUUCCUGAACAGCACCACAGACACGCCACUCUGCCAGCUCUCCCAGGGCAUCUACCUGGCCAACAGGUACAUGAGCAUCAGCCUGGUCACGGCCAUCGCCGUGGACCGCUACGUGGCCGUGCGGCACCCGCUGCGAGCCCGCGGGCUCCGCUCCCCGCGCCAGGCCGUGGCCGUGUGUGCCGUGCUCUGGGUGCUGGUGCUCGGCUCCCUGGUGCUUCGCUGGUUCCUGGACAUGCAGGACGGCGGCUUCUGCUUCUCCAGCCGCUCCGGGCAGAAUUCCUACACCGUGGUCUUCUCGCUGCUGGGCUUCUACCUGCCGCUGGCCGUGCUGGUCUUCUGCUCUCUGCAGGUGGUGACCGCCCUGGCCCAGAGGCCAGUCGCCGACGCGGGCCAGGAGGAAGCCACCCGGAAGGCCUCCCGCAUGGUCUUGGCGAACCUGGCCGUGUUCGUGGUCUGCUACCUGCCCUUCCACGUGGUGCUGACGGUGCGCAUGGCCAUGGGCCUGCACACCUGUGCCAUCCAUCUUGCCCUCCAGAUCACUAGCAGACUCUCAGAUGCCAACUGCUGCCUGGACGCCAUCUGCUACUACUUCAUGGCCAAGGAGUUCCAGGAAGCCUCUGCGCUGACUGCCCUCCCCGCCAGGGCCAAGGCCCACAAGAGCCAGGACUCGCUGUGUGUGACCUUGGCCUAGGAGACG